AGAUAUCACCCUGUUGUUCUUCCCUAAAUUUGUCACGAAGCCAGUAUACUCUCUCCCUGAUUACCAGGUGCCAAAUUAUCUCGGUUUGGAAGUGUUUAUACAGAUCUACUCGCUAUAACUACGCUGCGAUCAAGAUGCCUUCAACUCCGCGGAGAUCUCCCCGCAAACUGGCCAGUUCUCAAGGAACUGUCAUCGUCGGGAUUGACUUCGGAACAACCUUUUCCGGUGUUGCUUUCACCUGGUCCAACCAAGUUGAUAAAAUCGAGACCAUAACCAGCUGGGACGCGGAUUCAAGUGACAACACAGACGAGUGCAAGACACCGACCGCUAUGUCCUACGAUCCCGGAAAUGAGGUGACCUGGGGCUAUGGUAUUGAGCCGGAGAAGGAACAGCUUAAAUGGGUUAAGCUUCUGCUCCUCAACGACGAGGAUAUCCCUGAAGAAGUCAGAACUUCAGACAAGAUCAAGAAGGCUCGUGAGUACCUCCAAAAGCACAACAAGACAGCAGAAGAAGCGGUCACGACGUUUUUGCGCCACCUUUGGGAGCACUCGAUCGAUUGUAUCACCAAAUCAAUUAGCAGAGUCAUGGUCAACUAUGCCCAGUUUCAUAUCGUAAUCACGCUCCCGGCCAUUUGGCCGAGCUACGCACGCGAGAAAAUGAAACUUGCGGCUGAGCAAGCUGGUAUGCUGGACAAAAGGAUGGGGGUCGAGACACAACUCACUUUCAUCUCUGAGCCUGAGGCAGCUGCCAUAGCCACUCUCGCGGACAUGGAAGGACGUUUUGACGUGAAGGAUGAAGACACAUUCGUCGUGGCCGAUUGCGGCGGUGGAACCGUGGAUCUGAUAUCGUAUAAAUUGAUUCAAGCCGAACCCAUGAUCGUCAAGGCGUGUGUUAAAGGAAGCGGUGGAUUGUGCGGCGCUGUUUUCCUUGACGAAGCCUUCAAGGAUGUCCUCAAGAGCAAGUUUGGUAAGAAAUGGGAGAAGAUGGAGGAGUCAAAUCGGCGCGACAUGAUCCGCAAUUCAAUGGAGCCUGGCAUCAAGCGGAACUUCAAGAUGGGCUCCGACAAAUCCUACAACAUUCGCAUCCCAUUUGAAUGCUUGUUGGCCAAAGAGCGACGCGUGACUGGAGCACAAGGCCUUCCCACUGUCACAAUUGCCCCUGAAGACGUUAAGACAGCGUUUGAUCCCGUCAUUGAAAAGAUCAACAAUCUCAUUGAUGGUCAAAUUAACGCCGUCAAAGAGAAGGAGAGGGUCAGCCCAAAGUACGUCAUCUUGGUCGGUGGCUUCGGUCGUUGCAAUUAUCUAUACGACAGAGUGGACGAGAGAUUCGGCAUGGAGGUUGAGGUCCUGCAGGCAAAGGGAGCAAAACCCUGGACAGCUAUCUGCCGCGGAGCCGUCAUCCAUGCCGCGACCCAAUCUGGAAUUGGGAAGCUUUCUGUUCAAGUCAAGACCAGAGUUGCACGGGCGAGCUAUGGCAUCUGUUGGAACGAGCCUUGGGACUCCCGGCGCCACGACCCUGAGGACAAGUAUUGGUGCGACAUCGAGCAGAAAUACUACGCACGGAACCAAAUGGCAUGGCUUCUCGAAGAGGGCGAUGAUAUUUCGGCCCAAGAGCCCACGAGCCGUUCGAUCAAGCAAAACUUUGAUCGCAAUGGCCCCAUGAGGACGCCCGAGGACGAGGAGAUUUUCCAAACGAACAUCUUCCCCCCUCCGACCAGAUGGGAUCCCGAGGUCAUCAAAGAGCUAUGCUCUAUCAAAUGGGAGACAGUCAUCGACCCUUACACAUUGCCGAAGUUCACCAACAGAAUCGGAAGAGUCUACGGUGAACUUCUCUACCGUUGCGAAAUGACCUGCUCAGGAGAGUCAGUCGGCUUUGCGAUCUAUCGUGAUGGGAAGAAGGAAGGCUCCAAGAGCGUGAAGGUCGACUACAACACUCGUUGAUGAUCUCUCCGCCAUCGUUUGCUCUACGAUAUUGCUUCAAAUGUUGCUUCAAUUUUUCCGAACAUCAUGGAAUAUCACAUUCCAUCAUCUACCGCACGUUGUGUGCCCAACUUGGCACCACAAUGAGCCUAUCUUCCGGGUUAUG